CUUGUCAACUAGAAAGAAGAAGAAGCGACUGCUACAACAACAGCGUCAGUCCGCCAUUCCCUCAUUUUUUACUGCUUUCAGUCUGUUCUUUUGAUUAUUUCGUGUUUAAAUUUAACAUAAACUCUAUAGACUGUGUAGAGUUACCUGAACGCGAGUUAGGAGCACGUCACAGGGUCUGUGAUGGCGGCCGACCGGCGCGAGGACAAAGAUGGAGAGCUGAAUGUUCUGGAAGAUAUUCUGACUGAAGCUCCGGAUCAGGACGACGAGCUGUACAAUCCUGAGACUGAACGAGACAUCACAGACAAGAAAGGAACAAAGAGAAAGAGUGAGCGCUCUGAGAGCCAGGACCUAAAGAGGCUCCGCCCCUCGUCGGGACAGCCGCCAUCCAGGUCCUCCUCCACCAAUAAAAGAACCCCAGGUCCAUCUCUGUCCUCGUCCUCUUCAAAGAAGGCGGCAUCCAGUCCUCGUGGUCGCCAUGCUGCUGCUUCCACUGGAGGCUAUCGUCACGAAUAUUAUGAGGAGCGAAAGGGGCGACGAGGAGCCCGCGAGACGACCAGAAGCCGUGGAGGAGAAGAUGCACGACGCCGAGAGUCUCAGAGAGGUCUGGAGGGUGUGAGCCAGAAGCUGCGACGAGAAGAGCGGCGGGCGAGCCCCUCCCCUCAUGAAGAGGACAACCAGUCAGAGGAGGAGGUAACAGCAGAGUACGGCUCAGAGCAGGGAUCAGGAAGCUCGUCCCCCACUGCGUCCCAUGUAGAGGAGGAGGAAGAAGAGGAUCAGGAAGAGGAGGAGGAAGAGGAAGAAGAAGAGGAGGAAGGCAUGGAGGAAGAAGAUGAAGAAGAGGAGGAAGAAGGGGAGAAGGAGGAUGAAGAGGAGGAUGAAGAGGAGUACGAGCGUCGCGGUGGAGAGGGGAAUGACUACGACACUCGCAGCGAGGCUGGCGACUCACGUUCGGCUUCCUCUGUUAGUUUCUCUGAUGACGGCGAGUCGGUGCAUUCAGACUCCGCCUCUGAGGCCUCAGGUUCAGAGAAGAAGCGGGAGAAGCUGUCAUCGUCGGUCCGAGCUGUUCGCAAAGGGAUGGAGAGGAAGUUUGUUAUUUGUCAAGAUCCGACCAGUAAGCUGCGUUACAUCCUGCGAGACGCUCGAUUCUUCCUCAUAAAGAGCAACAACCACGAGAACGUCUCCCUGGCUAAAGCAAAGGGCGUUUGGUCAACGCUGCCGGUGAACGAGAAGAAGCUGAACGCUGCGUUUCGCUCGGCUCGAAGUGUCGUCCUCGUCUUCUCUGUCAGGGAGAGUGGCAAAUUUCAAGGUUUUGCCCGCCUGGCCUCAGAGUCUCAUCAUGGCGGGUCUCCAAUCCACUGGGUUCUUCCUGCUGGCAUGAAUGCCAAGAUGCUGGGAGGAGUUUUCAAGAUCGACUGGCUCUGCAGGAGGGAGCUGCCUUUCACUAAAACAGCUCACCUGUCCAACCCCUGGAAUGAACACAAGCCAGUCAAAAUCGGACGUGACGGACAGGAGAUACAGCCGGACAUCGGUGCUCAGCUCUGUGCCCUGUUCCCAUUGGAUGAGAAUGUGGACAUCCACCAGGUGGCUCGCCGUGUCCGCCAUAAGCGUCGGACACCAUCAGAGCCGCGGCCUCGCGGUCGACCACCACAGCGCGAACCGGGAAGGCGUCGUCCGGAAGAGUACGACCUCCACGGCAGGAAGCGACCGCGAGCCGAUGGUCCGCCUGACUUCAACCAGCGAGCAGGGUUCAUCCAGGACCUUCGAAACCAGCCGGUGGACAGGCGGUUUUCCAGCAUGAGGCGAGACGUGUUUCUUAACGGGUCGUAUAAUGACUACAUGAGGGAUUAUCACCACAGCGUCGGCCCUCCUGCUCCCUGGCAGACUCUGGCAGCAUACCCCGGCGUGGAGCAGCCACCCCCACACCACCCACCGUACUACCACCACAGCCACCCCCCACCGCCCCCUCACCAGGCCUACCACCACCACCACCACCCCCUGCCGCCACACGAGGCUCCACCUCCUCGCUUCAGAGACAAGCAGCGAGUGCCGCAGCACCGCGCCUUCACCUCCAGCCCGCAUGACUAUGACAUGCGUGUGGACGACUUCCUGCGGCGCACACAGGCGGUGGUGAGCAGCCGACGUGAGCGCGAGCGGCAGCGUGACCGGGACCGUGGCGGACCACGCCGUGAGAGAGAGAGGGAGCGAGCGAGGGACAGAGAAAGAGAGAGAGACAGGGACAAGGAGAGGGGGCGGUACCGCAGGUGAUCUGAUGACACCAUAUCCUGUAAGCUUGCAGGGGCUUUUAUUUUGACGGUCACUGGUUGGUUUGGCUGGUUUCCUGUUUGUUUGUUUUUUGUUGUCGUUGAAAAUAAUGAAUAAAAAAAUGAAACAAGCUAUGUGCUGACAUCAUCAAUUUUAUGUGUGUAUUUUUAAAAAAGCUAAAAAAAAGCUAACUAAAAGUUGGAGAUUUUUGGUGAGUUUGUUUUAGCUUUAUCUCGAUGAGAUAAAAAGGGAAGUGACAUCACAGUACAGGGAGAUGUCAUCAUACAUGUUAAGAACAUGUGAAACGAUGGAUUAAAAAAAAAAUGUCGGUCCUGGCAGUUAAUCAUGUCCUUGUAGUGUAGUCUGUCUUGAGUCUGCGCACUUCAUUUCCCAUGAUUCCCUGUUCAUUUCUCAAAGGUUUGGACCGCGAACCCAACGUGAGGUCCAGCCGUCCGAGGUCACGGCAAUCUGAGAGGUCACCGUAUGAUGAAUGUUGUUAAUUUUAUUUGUCUCUAAUUGUUGCUGCUUUAAAGUUUGUUGGUUUUCCUGUAAAAAUGUGAGGACGGAUGAUGAGAAAACCUUUCAAAAGCUCAGUGAAGAAGAGUUUGAGUUCAGACUCACUUCUGAUUUUCUUUUUGUACUUCAAAUUUUUUUAUGUUAAAUAAAUCUGAAUCUGAUCGUUUA